GCUAAGCGAUAUUACCCGGCCGGGGCCCUGGCAGCCUCGGGCCGCGACCCCAACAAUUCAGUCAACACGUUUGAAUAAGCGUCACGAUUAUGUACAAGCUUUGGAGAGAUGCAGUUCGCGCGAUGAAGUUUGGUGGGCGACGGUCGACGCCAAUCGUGUUUCGCGGACGCCCAGUCGGCAGUCGCCCACGCCCACGGAGCCGAGUACAAAAAGAUCGAGUGCCACUUGUUCUACACAGCAUUCGCAAUCCUUCUUCUGUCCCUGAGCCGUUUGGGCCCACCUCGCGACCCCAACACAAAAUGCUCGCGCACCGCGCCACCGUUUCCAGCCGCGUUGCUGCUCCGUCCUCUCGGAGGGCUGCACUGGUAGUCAAGGCGCAGUCGCUGGACAGCAGCACUGUUGGCACCAAGGUGGAGCGCUGGCUGAAGACGCCCUUCGAUAUCCUCACCUUCGGCCCCCGCGUUGGUGCCGGCGCGUUGCUGUCCGUGCCUGAGCGCCUGCAGACCCUGCAAAGCGAUGUGGAGAAGGCCAUUGAGCUGCUGCAGGACCCUCGGCCGCUGGAGGAGAAGCAGGCUGUGGUCCUGAAGGAGGUGGAGGACACGCUGGUUGAGUUCCUGGAGAAAGGCGCCACCGUGGAGAGCGACGUGCUGGCCAACGUCAAGACCAUCCUGCCGCCCGAGGCCGCCACGCUGCUCAACGAGCUCAUCCCCGAGCCGCCCAACAAGAGCCACGGCCCCAACGUGGUGCCGGUGGAGCCGCUGGACGUCACCGCGGCCCCCGCCGCGCCCGCCGUCACCUACUACCAGGCCGACGUCGUCGCCAACCAGAUCGCCUCGGAGAUGACUGAGAUCAAGAACGCGGUGUCCGGCCUGAAGUCGGCCCUGGACGCGGUGCGCACCAACAUCGACCCCGCCUCCACCAACAUCCUGCGCCUCAACCUGCGCGAGGCGCGCGACCAGCUGUCGCGCCGCGUGGCCGAGGUGUCGCCCGCAACCGAGGCCGACCCCUCCAUCGCCGCAGCCACUCGCGAGGCCCGCAUCCUGCUGGAGGAGGUGGACUCGUCUUUCUUCUCUUCCUCGGCGUAAAGCGUUGGAGCAGCGCGGUCAGCAGGCCCAGGCGGAGUUGCGGCUGCGGGGGCCCGGCCCGCAGCGGGUGCUGGGGUGUGUACAUGCAUGUAGGAGGCUGAGUGGUGUGUGCGUGUGUGAAUGAGAGAGAAAGCGGGUGCAGCAGUGUGUUGUCGCGGUGCGCGUCGUCGCGCCGGUGGGUUUGGGCGCUGCUGGAAUAAAAUGCCCAAGGGUCCAUGGAUUUGGGUCCCUGGUAGUUCAUAUCGUGUUAGCUACUCUUAUCCUAAAAUAUCUUUUGCUUGUGACGUGUGCUGGACAGCUGCUGUCCGGCAGGUGUGUGUGCGUGGACUGAGCAUUGGCUGGCGGGUGCCGUUAGGCUUGGCGGCUUUCCAUAUUCUUGUUUGAUGCGGCCCUUCAUGGGGCCUUGAUACGGUGUGAUUAUUUGCCGAGGUGGCGAAUCGCCUCCCCGGCGGUGCGGAAUGUGGUGGUGGACAGGGCAUGCCUGGACGCUAUGGGACGUGCCCGGUGUGAUGAAUGCGGGUACCUUGCAGCCCCGUAUGUGUCGUGGAGCGCUCAACACGGAACAUGUGGGGUCCAGUGAGGCGCGUGGAGUUGCUCGGCACGUGCAGGACGCGCGCCGGCACGGCGUAAGAUUGCACUCAAUACCGGACUCACGUUGGCCUGACCUUACGGGUCAGCUGCUGUAAACCUGCCGAUCGG